AUGUCUCUUUCCAAAUAUUUUAAUCCAAUUCCUGACGCUUCAGUCACCUUUGAUGGGGCUACCGUUCAAUUGGAAGAAUCCCUCGGUGCUGUUCAGAACGAUGAAGAGUCCGCAUCGGAAUUCAAAAACGUAGGCCAUUUAGAAAUUAGUGAUAUCACUUUUCGUGCUAAUGAAGGUGAAGUCGUCUUAGUACUGGGAAACCCAACAUCAGCGCUCUUCAAAGGUCUAUUCCAUGGUCACAAGCAUCUGAAAUACUCGCCUGAAGGGUCUAUUAGAUUCAAAGACAAUGAGUACAAACAGUUUGCUUCCAAAUGCCCCCAUCAGAUCAUUUAUAAUAACGAACAAGAUAUUCACUUCCCGUAUCUGACGGUGGAGCAAACCAUUGAUUUUGCGUUGAGUUGUAAGUUUCACAUUCCCAAGCAAGAGCGUAUUGAAAUGAGAGACGAGUUAUUAAAAGAGUUCGGACUGUCGCACGUAAAGAAGACGUAUGUGGGUAAUGACUACGUUCGUGGUGUUUCUGGAGGUGAAAGGAAACGUAUCUCCAUUAUAGAAACGUUUAUUGCCAAUGGGUCUGUUUACUUAUGGGACAACUCGACGAAGGGUUUGGACUCUGCCACCGCCCUAGAAUUUCUUUCCAUUACCCAAAAGAUGGCAAAAGCUACAAGAUCGGUGAAUUUUGUUAAAAUUUCUCAAGCAAGCGACAAAAUUGUCAGCAAGUUUGACAAGAUUCUUAUGUUAGGUGAUUCCUUCCAGGUGUUUUACGGAACCAUGGAGGAGUGUUUAACCCAUUUUCAUGACACCUUACAGAUAAAAAAAAACCCUAACGAUUGUAUUAUUGAAUAUUUAACAUCAAUCUUAAAUUUUAAGUUCAAGGAAACGUCUAAUUCCAUUGUUGGUCUUGACACUCCAUCUGUUGUUUCUGAAGAAAAUCAAGCUUUAAACAUCAAUAAUGAAACAGAUUUGCAUACAUUAUGGAUUCAGUCUCCAUACUAUAAACACUGGAAGGCCAUCACUUCAAAAACAGUGCAAGAAUGCACCAGAAAAGAUGUUAAUCCGGAUGAUAUCUCCCCCAUUUUUAGUAUUCCGCUAAAGACGCAACUGAAAACGUGCACUGUAAGAGCUUUCGAAAGAAUCAUUGGUGACAGAAACUACUUGAUUUCUCAAUUUGUUUCUGUUGUGGUGCAGUCUUUGGUUAUUGGGUCCCUUUUUUAUAACAUUCCCCUGACAACAAUUGGUUCGUUUUCUAGAGGAUCUUUAACUUUCUUUUCCAUCCUAUUCUUUACAUUUCUUUCUCUCGCCGACAUGCCUGCUUCCUUUCAAAGGCAACCCGUCGUUCGUAAACAUGUCCAGCUCCAUUUUUAUUAUAAUUGGGUGGAAACUUUAGCAACAAAUUUUUUCGAUUGCUGCUCUAAAUUUAUACUGGUGGUUAUUUUUACAAUCAUACUUUACUUUUUGGCCCAUUUACAGUACAAUGCAGCUAGGUUUUUCAUCUUUUUGCUUUUCCUUUCCGUCUAUAAUUUUUGCAUGGUGUCACUAUUUGCAUUAACUGCUUUGAUCGCUCCAACUCUAUCAAUGGCAAACCUAUUGGCCGGUAUCUUACUGUUAGCCAUUGCCAUGUACGCGUCCUAUGUUAUUUAUAUGAAAGAUAUGCAUCCAUGGUUCAUAUGGAUUGCAUAUUUGAAUCCUGCUAUGUUUGCCAUGGAAGCCAUUUUGAGUAACGAAUUGUUUAACCUGAAACUAGACUGUCAUGAAAGUAUUAUUCCCAGAGGUGAAUAUUAUGACAAUAUUUCAUUCAGUCAUAAAGCUUGUGCCUGGCAAGGCGCUACCCUAGGUAACGAUUACGUCAGAGGCCGUGAUUAUUUAAAAAGUGGAUUGAAAUACACUUACCAUCACGUGUGGAGAAAUUUCGGUAUUAUCAUUGGGUUUCUGUGUUUCUUCCUAUUUUGCUCUUUACUAGCAGCGGAAUAUAUCACGCCUCUGUUUACUAGAGAAAAUUUAUUGCGCUGGAAUAACUAUCUCAAAAGAUACUGUCCCUUUCUGAAUAGCCAAAAAAAGAAUAAUAAAAGCGCUAUUACCAACAACGAUGGCGUAUGUACUCCCAAGACCCCGAUAGCCAAUUUUUCCACUUCAUCCUCUUCUGUUCCAUCAGUCUCGCAUCAAUACGAUACUGAUUACAAUAUUAAACAUCCAGAUGAAACUGUUAACAAUCAUACUAAGGAAUCCGUAGCUAUGGAAACGCAAAAGCACGUCAUCUCCUGGAAAAAUAUCAAUUAUACCAUUGGAGACAAAAAAUUGAUCAACGACGCUUCUGGAUAUAUAAGUUCCGGAUUAACUGCCCUAAUGGGUGAAUCUGGUGCUGGUAAGACAACUUUGUUGAAUGUCUUGUCUCAAAGGACCGAAAGCGGGGUUGUUACCGGUGAAUUAUUAAUCGAUGGACAGCCCUUAACGAAUAUUGAUGCAUUCAGAAGAAGUAUAGGGUUCGUUCAACAGCAAGAUGUUCAUUUAGAGCUCUUAACUGUGAGAGAGUCUUUGGAAAUUUCCUGCGUCCUAAGAGGUGAUGGGGAUAGAGACUAUUUAGGAGUUGUUAGCAACCUAUUAAGAUUGCCUUCGGAAAAACUGGUUGCUGAUUUAUCUCCAACUCAAAGAAAAUUAUUAUCUAUUGGUGUUGAAUUGGUCACUAAGCCUUCUCUGUUGUUAUUCCUAGAUGAACCUACUUCAGGGCUAGACGCCGAAGCAGCUUUAACCAUCGUGCAAUUUCUGAAAAAGCUUUCGAUGCAAGGUCAGGCUAUCUUAUGUACUAUUCAUCAGCCUAGCAAAAGUGUCAUCAGCUAUUUUGAUAACAUCUAUUUACUAAAAAGAGGUGGUGAGUGUGUCUAUUUUGGUUCAUUACCUAAUGCCUGUGACUAUUUUGUAGCUCACGAUAGACGCCUAACAUUUGACAGAGAAAUGGAUAAUCCGGCUGAUUUCGUUAUUGACGUUGUUGGUAGCGGAAGUACAAAUAUUCCAAUGGAUGAUGCAGAGAAGCCAACCUCAAGCAAAAUUGAUGAGCCAGUAUCUUACCAUAAGCAAUCUGAUUCAAUUAACUGGGCAGAACUCUGGCAAUCCUCUCCAGAAAAAGUGCGGGUUGCUGAUGAUUUGCUUUUAUUAGAAGAAGAAGCCCGGAAAUCUGGUGUUGAUUUCACUACGUCCGUAUGGAGUCCGCCUUCGUAUAUGGAACAAAUAAAGUUAAUCACAAAGAGACAGUACAUUUGUACCAAGAGAGACAUGACCUAUGUUUUCGCUAAAUAUGCUUUGAAUGCUGGCGCUGGACUAUUCAUUGGAUUUUCAUUUUGGAGGACAAAGCAUAAUAUCAACGGUCUGCAAGAUGCUAUUUUCUUGUGCUUCAUGAUGCUUUGUGUUUCCUCCCCUUUGAUCAAUCAGGUUCAAGAUAAGGCUUUGCAAUCUAAAGAAGUAUAUAUCGCCAGGGAAGCGAGAUCUAAUACUUAUCAUUGGACCGUUCUUUUGAUUGCUCAAACUAUUGUUGAAUUACCAUUAGCCAUUUCCAGUUCUACCUUAUUUUUCCUGUGUUGCUACUUCUGUUGCGGUUUCGAAACCUCUGCCCGUGUAGCUGGUGUCUUUUACUUGAAUUAUAUUUUAUUUUCCAUGUAUUAUUUGUCAUUUGGGUUGUGGCUUCUAUAUUCUGCCCCCGAUUUACAAACUGCCGCUGUCUUUGUUGCCUUCCUCUAUAGUUUCACAGCUUCAUUCUGUGGCGUUAUGCAACCAUACUCGUUAUUCCCAAGAUUUUGGACAUUCAUGUACAGGGUUUCACCAUACACGUAUUUCAUUGAAACUUUCGUAAGCUUACUUCUCCAUGACAGAGAAGUAAACUGCUCGACAAGUGAAAUGGUACCAAGCCAACCUGUAAUGGGUCAAACCUGCGGUCAGUUUAUGAAACCCUUUAUUGAUGAAUUUGGUGGGAAACUGCACAUCAAUAACACAUACACCGUCUGCGCCUACUGCAUGUACACUGUUGGGGAUGACUUCCUUGCUCAAGAAAAUAUGAGUUAUCAUCACAGAUGGAGAAAUUUUGGUUUUGAAUGGGUUUUCGUUUGCUUUAACAUUGCCGCCAUGUUUGUGGGCUUCUACCUAACCUACAUCAAAAAAAUUUGGCCUUCUGUGAUUGAUGGUAUAAAGAAGUGUAUCCCAUCAAUGAGGCGGUCCAAAACAUCUCAUAAUCCAAACGAACAAAGCGUAUAA